AACCGCUCAGCCAAUCAGCGGUGCCGGCUCCUCACCAUGCUAAACAAUGAAUACAUUUCUAUUUUUCCACGCGCUGGCUACCUGCACAGCAGUCCGACCAAUCAGAGCUGGCGGUCACUUUUUGGGCGGCUCGUGAUUGGACGGCGUCACAGAAAGGGCGGCGGGAAGAGAUACGACUUGUCUAUUUGACCCGUAGACCGCGGGUCUUGGCUAUAAUCCUGAAUCGUUAGGGUCAUUGAGUAACUGCGUCCACCUGAGCGCUAGUACUGCCGGCAAAUCCCAUCCGGUUUUUGUUUCUUUUCCUGUUUGCGCCGCUCUAUUAUUGCGAUAUGCCUCCCGUCAAGCACCGAAAAGUCGUGAUGCUUGGAUACCCAUCUGUCGGUAAAUCAUCAUUGGCGCUACAGUUUACCAAAGGAGAAUUCCACAAAGAGUACGAACCCACUAUUGAAAACACUUGGAGUAAAAAAUUUGUCAUGGGCAAUGAUGAAUUUGAGUUGGAUAUUGUGGACACAGCAGGACAAGAUGAAUAUUCGCUGAUCCCGCAGUCCUUCUUUUUUGGAAUACAUGGAUACAUUGUAGUUUACUCGGUAGCUUGCCCAAGAAGCUUCCAAAUUGCAACUGGAUUGCACAGAACACUUGUGGACAGAAGAGGAAAGUGCAUGACACCAAUUGUAUUAGUGGGAAAUAAGACUGACCUACCACCCCAAUCUCGCCAAGUGAAAGCAGAAGAAGGGAAGAAGCUGGCUGACUCCUGGGGGGCUGCAUUUUUAGAAGUUUCUGCCAAAGACCCUGAGAGAAGCAAGCUGAUAUUCACCAAAAUAAUCGAGGAGAUUGACCGCAUGGAAAGAUCUUUCAGUGAUGAGAAGAAAUGUUUUUUGAUGUGACCUGGGGGUCUGACCACCCAUGUAGCCUCUGUCUCCAGGACAUGAGCAGCAGGCUGUAUUCUGUUUACUCGGUGCCAUAUAUCGAUUGCAUACCGUUCCCUCAGAAAUGAAGGGCAAUUUAAGAAUAUGGCUUUUUCCACACUUCCAAACUUACUUAUAUUUUUGACUUAAGAAAUGGUCACGUGCUGCUUUACAGGCCAAUGAAUGUUUGGUCUGUCUUUUUCAAUAGUGUCUAUAUUAGAAAUGUUAGUUUGCACAUACUUGCAGCACCACUGUUGCUGUGUUUUUUUUUUUUUUUUUU